AUGACCAUGAUCUCUGAUCUCCGCUUUGUUCAGUCCACUCCUCGUCGUCGAGCUGCCACAAUGAUGCUCCCAUCUACAGCAUCUCCUUCCUUUGCAGCCCGACAACCAGUUCAAGGAAACCCACCGCUUGAUGGUAGUGAUCAUGGAAUCACCAUCACUGCUCAAGGCCCUUUGCGUCACCCCAAGCCUCUCACUCCCUCGGACUUGCAUUCGGCAUUAGAGAAGGAGCAGGAAGCUAUUGUCAACCGAUUAACUCGUGAGCUCUCCCUCCUUCGACAACAGACGGCAUCCGUGGCCUCGACCACAUCUUCCACCUCCAUGAAUGAAUCGGCGGAUGUGAAUACAUAUUUCUCCUCGCUGCCCGGUUCGACACACUCCCUUACUUCUCGACGUCAGCGCUCCCUGUCCAGUCUUAGCGCUGCGUCAGUUCACCAAGCCUCUAGUGUGACUGGAAUUGCUCCAGCGCGAAGCCGUGAGCCAUCUAUUAAAUCUCCCCGUCCAUCAGUCGAGUCCCUGUCAUCGUCAUACAUGCAACACCCUUACCCCGAACAUCUGCCUCACUACGGCAACAGUCCCUCGAUCUACCCACACCGCAACUCGGCUUCUCAGGUGCAACUCGGACCAUCGAGCAACGCCAUCGCACGGUACGAGGAAGCGAAUCUGCAUAAAUCUGAGCUGGAAACCGUCCGACAUGAAAAUGAACAACUCCGACGACGAGUGCGUGAAUUGGAACAAUUUUUGAAGAGUCAAAAAGAAGGAUCAACAUAA